CAGCCUACCUUGUGAAGUGUGUGUUGCGAGUUGCGAGGACGCGGUUGAGGUGUGUGGGUACCGUUUCGAGGAAUUUUCAAAUCAUCUCCAGAAAAACCAUCACCCAACUACCGAACCAAGUGUGCGAACACCAUGUAAGAGUCCACAGUGCGUAAAAGUGAUCAGUGUGUGCCUUAAAAGUGGCUUUAAAGUGAUUAAAUAAAUGUUUGCGUUUGUGCGUGUUGUUUUGGCCAAGUCUGUCGGAUAACCUACGACAACAGACGUAGAUGCAUGGUAACGCCAACGACCGCAGGGCCCUCGAAAGAGAGGCUCUGCGAAAUGUUAUCAAUCAAUGGAACGCCAAUCGACUGGAUCUCUUCGAGUUAUCCGAACCGAAUGAGGACUUGGAGUUCCACGGCGUUAUGCGAUUUUAUUUCCAAGACUCGGGCCAAAAAGUCGCUACAAAGUGCAUCCGAGUGGCGUCGGACGCCACUGUGGAGGACGUAAUCGGAACCUUGGUUGAAAAAUUCCGCCCUGACAUGCGGAUGUUAUCAGUGCCUUCUUACGCUCUCUAUGAACUCCACGAGGGAUGCCCCGAAAGACGGAUGCUCCCCGACGAAAAACCGCUCCUUGUGCAACUCAAUUGGCACGUGGACGACCGCGAGGGCCGAUUCCUCCUCAAAAAUAUCGACGACAAAACGACCAACUCGGUUGGGUCUCUUGACUCGAAUGCGAGUUUUCGACGAAAAUUAUCGAAACGAGAGAAGAAGCAAUUGAAGAAACAGGAAAAACUCUCGAGAAUGAAAAGCGAAAAUGGUGAUAUUAACGACAAGGACGGCGUGGCGGAAAAAUUAUACACGGAAUUGCCCGAAACGUCGUUCACGAGAUCGAUUUCGAAUCCAGAGGCGGUGAUGAGGCGACGGAGGCAGCAGAAAUUGGAAAAAAAGUUGCAGCAGUUUAGGUCCAAAGACGGGGGGCCCGACACGGGAGGCACUCUGAAAAUCUACGGCGAGGCUUUGUGUAAAGACGUGCCUUACAAAACCCUCCUCCUCUCAGUGCGAGACUGCGCUGGGGCUGUCGUCCGCGAAAUGUUGGAAAAAUACGGUCUCAACAAAACCGACCCCUCGCAAUGGUGUCUCGUCCAGGUGACCCAACAGCCAGGCACCCCCGACACCGAAUACGUCCUCGACGACGACGAGUGCCCCUUAUCAAUCCUGAUGAACUCUCCAAACACCGGCUCCAUCAUGUUUCACGUUAGGAGACGACCGGCAGAUUGUGCUCCGCGAAAAAGGAAGAAAAAGCCAGGAGCGUUAGGGACCAACACGACAAAUCCUCGGGAUGUGAGAGAUGCGGUGCCACUUUUAGUCGAAUUGGGACCAGAUGGAUCCGCCCCGCACCCCGGGGACACCGCAAGGACGAUCAGACUCACGAACGAUGUCAUGGAAGUUGGCUCUGCGAACGGCAUCGCCCUCCAGCUCUACGGCCCCCACAUCCAGCCGCGUCACUGCGUCAUCACCAACGCCGACGGGGUGACAUCUCUGACACCUUGCCAUGCCGACGCCCAUACCUACGUUAAUGGCCAACGCAUCCACCAAACGACCAUUUUGAACCAUGGAAGUCUCGUCAAAUUCGGCAACAGCAACACCUACCGAUUUUUAGACCCGGUGCACGAGGACAGAAUGAGGCAUCCCGCCGUUAUGGACAAUGCCAGGAUAUACGACAGCCGGUCUCCGCGAGCCCUAAGUCCCACUGAGCCCUCGAGGGAAAACAUUGAGACGACAUUUGAUCUGGAGGGAAACGUUGAGACGAUUUCCACGGCUAGUGGAGCCAGAGAGGAUAAUAGGUCGUUAGGAUCAGCGUCCGAAAAUAGAUUGAGUGGUAUGGAUCGGUACCCCCGCGGGCAGGACCCCAUCCUCCCCGCGGUGUUGGAAUUCCCCGAAGACCCCCAAGAGCAGUUCCUCGCUCGCGUGAUAACGCAUCUAGACGUGACAACACCAACAUUUCGCCUAGCCCCCGCUUACACUCUAUACCUCUGUGCCCGAUAUCGUGCAUCGACUCACUACCGACCCGAACUAACACCAACAGAACGUGCCCACAAACUCACCGUUUUGCUCCAACACGCCGCCAUGUUGAUCCGACACACGGUACAAGACCGCAGCACCGAAAGCAUCUCUCAAGCCUUCUGGUUGGCCAACGCUAGUGAACUGUUGCAUUUCCUCAAAUCGGAUCGCCACGUCAGUGCUUUCUCAAUCCAAGCACAAGACACCCUCGCCGAUGGGGUGCAACUAGCUUUCAAGAAUCUAGUCGCUUGUCUCACCGACGAAUUAAACACGGCGAUGGCACAUUUAAUGUCAGUCUCGGGGGAUGACCACCCCCGUGAGGUCAUUAAUAUUCUCAGUGGUGCUAUGAAUCUCUUAAGGAAAUGUCGGGUCAAUGCUGCCUUGACCAUCCAAUUGUUUUCGCAAUUGUUUCACUGGAUUUCGGCGAAAGCUCUCGCGAACAUCAUCAGUAAUAGUAAUUUGUGCACGAGAAGCUUCGGGAAUAAGUUGUUUAAUCGAUUGAGGAAUUUACAAGCUUGGGCGGAAUCCCAGGGCUUGGAAUUGGCGGCUGAAUGCCACCUUGCGAAGAUUGUGCAAUGUGCACAUUUGAUGCAAGCCCCCAAAUACACACCAGAGGAUUUGGCCAACUUGUCUUCGGCUUGUUUCAAGUUGAAUUCGAUGCAGUUGGGGGCGUUAUUAAGACAGUAUAAGGCCGAACCUGGGGAGAAAUUGGCACCACCUCCGUUGCUGGAACAGGCGGCUAAAGCGGCCGAAAGCGUCGCCGAUGAGUUGGCACGUGCUGAAGGUCGUGAAGUCACACUUUACGAAGAUCCAGCGCCACCUCUCCAACUCUUGCUUCCUGACGAUGGUUUCAGUUGCGAUGUUGUCCAAGGGGUACCACCAGGUCUUGCCGACUUUCUCCAUCCGUUGCAAGCGUCGGGUUUGUGUCGUUUGGCCGCACAACCGACGAGUUCGGGGCAUUGGACGGUGUACAUGUCGGCACCGCGACCUCCUAGUGCUCUGAGUACGACUCAACCGGAGGUACAAGUCAUUCGUUUGCAUAAAGCGGGCGGAGGCAUGGGUUUGUCGAUCGUUGCGGCGAAAGGGGCCGGUCAGGAGCGACUAGGAAUUUACAUAAAAUCGGUGGUUCCCGGAGGGGCUGCUGAUAGAGACGGGCGUUUGGCUGCCGGUGAUCAACUACUAUCUGUUGAUGGACAAUCCCUUCUGGGAAUCACACAAGAAAAAGCCGCAGAGUUUCUAGUAAGGACCGGGAGUGUUGUUACACUGGAGGUGGCCAAAGGGGGCGCUGUGUAUCACGGAUUGGCCACGUUGCUUCAACAGCCGAGUCCCACGCCUCAUCGAGCUGGGGAUUUCUGCGCUGAAUCCUACUACAGCUCGCAAGAGUCCCUCUACAGCCUAAACAGUUGCUUGGUGUUCACCCCCCCUGCCACGAAACCAAAAAACAACGUAUUUUUUAGCUCCGAUGAUACUCUUUACAAGAAAGAAACGCGCAAAUUCACCAUUCCUCGAAUCGAAGUCGAGAGUGAUGAACCGGUUUUUAAUCUCCAAGUGACUGAUUUUUCCGAACCAUCCCCUAAAAACAUAAUUCUGGGAUACGACGAAACGGGUACCAACUUUGAAACGAAAAAAGUCGAAGAAUUCACAUCAAUCAAUAACAAAUCGUGGAAAGACAAAGCGAAUAAUUUCGUGCAACAGAAAAGCUACUCGAUUGACAUUCCUGAAAAUCAAAUCGAUAUUGAGCAAGUUGGCGACACUGAUAAGUUUCUAAGUAUAAGUAAAAAGGCGCGCCAAUUGAAAUUGUGCUCAUCGUCGUUGCAGGAUUUGUCGAGUUCGACGUCGAGUAUUAACAGUGGGGUGCACGAGUCGAAUCUGGAUUUGAGUCAUAUUAUUGAUCCAGACACGCCUAUUAAGCACAAAAAUUGGAAAUCGCCAGACGAGGUCCGGUUUGGACAAGUUGAAAACCAGAGAUAUGAGAGCAAAGCGACGAGUUUUCCCGAUUUGUCUGAGAGUAAAUCCUGGGGGAAUAAAAGCAAAAGUGUCAGUGAGGAGAGAUUAAAUGAGAAAUUGACAGAGUAUGAGAGACUGGAGCUGUUGAAAUUGUUGCACGAUUGGAGCUUGAAUGGAUCGUAUUCAAAAAGCGAUUUUAAUAUACGCUUAACGAAAUCGUCUGAACACCUCGAAAAGGAGAAUCUUGAAACGUCCGAAAAAAGUUUGAGACGAAGCAGUGUUAAAUUUAGUUCAGAACCGAAUUUAUCCCCAAAACUUGACAUAAUUGUUAAGUAUAGUUCAGAGAAUAGUGUCGAUUUGAUGCACAAAUGUGAAUUUCGCAAUUGCAUUUUUAACGAGGACUUUGGUAAAGUUAGUAAACCGAAGAGUAUUUUGAAGAAUAGUAGAGAACGUCUACAGGAAACCGAGUGUCUUAAUAAUCUAGCAAACCAAAAAACACCAAAACUGGGCCCAAAUUCUCGCCGCUACAGUGAAAUAAUCGAACCAAAAUCGUUCAAUAGUCAAUUAGUUCGUUGCGAUAGUCUGGAACGCUUAACUCACUUAAAUAAGAAAUCUAGGGGUAAUAAGAAGUUCCCCGAUUCGUAUAUAGUCACACGACGCAAUAAAAACUCGCCAAAAAAGUCCCCGAAAAUCAUCGUGUUGAAGCAAAAGUACUUGCCAAAGACGUGGAAAAGCUGCAGCGAUAUAAAACACCGAAAAACGGUGCGAAAAUGCUGCCGUUAUGCGAAAAAAAAUUGCCCGAUUUUGCGAAACUCAUCGGAAACGUCGCGGAAAAGCCAGAGUUGCGUGGACAUCGAACGGGAUUUUGCUGCUAGGUUAGCUGGGGAUUUCCAAGUUGGCGCUUUUGAUUGUCCUCGACGCAUGUCUGAACGCGAUCUGCCAUCGAGGGUGGACUCAGAACGCACGAUUCCCUCUUCGAAAUCCGUUCCGGCUCUUCAUCACAUUUCACCAAAUUCGGAGCAACCUCGGAAUUCUCACGACGUCUUCAAUCCGGGUUAUAGUCGGACCUCCUCCAAUAAUAGCAUUAAUACGAAUAGUGCACCGCCGACGAAUGGACCUGUCAAUAAUCAAGCGGGUUUGCGCAGCAGGUCCACGCAUAAUCUGCAUCAGCAGGAUGGGGGAUUCUACCAAAAUCUCAGCGUUUAUAGGAACAAAAUCCCCAGUCCCCAGCAAUUAGGAGACAGGACUUCCGCCCUUCGAAGUUCUCAAAAUUCUCUCCAGUCUUCGGUGGUGAAUUCCCAGCGUCCUGCAUCGGCCUACUACCCCCCGGCGAUGUCAGUGACCGCCUCCCGUUCCAAUCUCCACCAAUCGAUUCCGAAUUUGAAGAGUCCCCCAUCGACCCAUCGAAUCCAUAACGAGGAAACCAGGUCCGGCUCUUACCCAAGUGUCAACAACCAACACCAUCCCCAAAACUACUCGGGUCCAAACCACCCCUAUUACUACCAGCGAUCAGAUGACCCGAACCGACCUUACAACACCCCACCAAACGUGCAACACGUCCACUCCAACGGCCAGAGACAGGAUUACAACAACGUCGGCGGCGGUUUAUUGCGUGAAGAUAUGGUGCGACAGUCGCAAAAUGCCCGCCAUGAGGAAAUAAUGAGAUAUUUGAGUACGAAUAAUGCGCGAAUCAACGAACAAAAUCGAGUGGAGGAAAUGCGAGUGUCGAAAAGUGACGACAUGUUGAAACAUCCGGUGAAUCACCAAGCCAAUGACAUGAUGAGGUAUGCCAGUAGUGGCAACAUAAGAGCCCAUGAGAGUAGCAAAGUCGAAAUUCCCCUAUAUCGUAUGAAAGAUGAAGAGGAAUUGGACAUGCGCAUGGCGAAUAAUGUCAGAUCGCAGAAAUUUGUCGGUAAUGCAAAACAACAAAGGGCGCUGCAAUACCAGCACCCCAAUAACCAAUACUACAACAUGGUUCAAAACACCCAAAGUAUGCAAAAUCUCAACUUGAAUCAAUAUCCGUAUUAUUACCCUACUUCCCCUACUUACAAAUCGCCUCCAGUGGCCCCAAAACCCAAAAAACCGGAUGAACCCCCAGAAUUACCCCCAACAAGCACCCAUCCUUUGUAUUCAGCUAGCAGUCAAGACCCACCAAAAAUGGCCUUUUAUCCCACCUCAACCAUCCCAUCGACUAAGCCCCCACGUGAUCCAUGGGCAAGAGAGGAGCAGGAAAGACAAGCUGAAGCGAGAAGAGAAGCUUCGAGACAGUGGCAGGAGCAACAAAUUCGGGAGUUGAUGGCGUUGCCCCAAAGAACCCCCCAACAAGAGGAACAGUUGAGGGUGUUGCAACUCGAGAGGGAGUUCCAAAGGAGGGCUAUGGAGGCUGCUGAGCAAGAUGAUGACGACACUGAGAAGGAGAGUCCCAUGUCCCCACCGGCGAAACAGGAACCCCCAGCUUCGAUCCUGAAACCGGGGGCUGUGACCACUCAAGCUCAGCCGCCGCCGGAACCAGUUGCGCCGCCCCCGCCUGAAAGGGGCUCAAGUUUUGCGGUAAUGUCAAUGCGAGCGAAAGAAAACACGAAAAGGGUGUCUUUCGACACAACUACAACGCCGCAGCCCCCACCUAGCACGUUGCAAUUGGAGGCGGAGAGUGUCAGGGAGGACCCAAAUAGUUUCAUUCGGCAAGCUGAGUCGAUGUUGGCGUCUCCGACAACCCCCACGGAUGCCUCUCCCGGCAUGGCGGUGGCCACUCCGGGUGUCAUUGGGGCCCAGGAAGUGUACAGAGAUCCAAGAGCGCGACGUUUGGCCGAACAAGCGCAGCAGAAAAAUCAAACUAUGCCUCCUGUUCCCGAAAAAUUGUCAUUUAAAGAAAAGAUGAAAAUGUUUGCGAUGGAAACGGGAGAACAGGAAACACCGAAAGACAAAAGUAAGAUAAGUAGGGCACAGCGAGAAAUUGAUAAUUUGGGAUCACCAAGUUCGGGACUUGUUCACUAAUAUUUGUUACUUGUUGAAUGUGUGAUAGAGACAAAAAGAACCAAAACGACCAAAUAUACAAGAUUGUUAGUGGAAAUUUAUAUUACAAUGUUGUCAGUCCUGCUAAUUUAUCUUGCAUAUCUAACUGUACCGUCCAACCUGCAGCUAAUUAUGCGUGUACAACGACUAAUUGUAUUGAUUUUAAACGUAGUGGCUUAUGACGUGAUUCAAUUACAUGAAAUGAGAUGGUUUUUGUUUGAUAGAGAACUUUAUUCAAAUAUAUAUUGUAUAAUAUUUUAGAGAUCCUAUUUUCGUCAUUUUAUAUAUAAAUUAUUUUCCUAGAGUUUAGAUAACCAUGAUAUUGUUAAAGCAAUACUUGCACAUAAGGACCAAUGUUAUACAUACACACACACUUCAUUUUCUCUACAUUCCUUUUUCUUUACACUUGCAGCUUUCGGUUGUUACAAGCAAUAUCUAUGUUCAUUUACAUCCAAAUUUUAUGACGUAGUGUAUAUAAAAUAUGUAAAUUGACAUCAAAAGUAGAAGUGGAAUUCAUUAGAUUCUCUAUUAGAUUAAUAUAGACAAAAUUAUUGUUUUAUUUCUUUAUUUUAUGUACUAUGAAUAAACAAUAUACAUAUUAAAUAUU